CGUGUGCGCACCGACGUCGACGCACACCAGUCGCGUGUUGCGUGUCGUGCCGAUCACUUCUCGUAGGUAUUAUUAUUAUUAUUAUUAUUAUUUCUUCUCUGCCCGGAUAUCCGCCGACGUUAAAGUCACCGGCGCGUGCGAUUUUAUCUGCCGGCAUAGUUUUCCGACAUCGUGUAUUGCAGGUGUAUAUCCAUUUUCCGCGGUUUCUCGAUCGAACAUUUUCGGCGAGCGCAAUUCACAAACGCGCGAGGAUAUAUCGACACACACAAUCGUUAUCGUCGUCGCCGCAGCAACAGCAACAGGAACAUAGACUCGGUUCGUCUCCUAUCGCCACUCGCCAACCAAAUGUCACGUGACCCAAGUGUUUUAAAUACAGAAAACAAUAAAUAAAUAAAUCGCCGAAAUGUCUGCGUCGUACUUGUGGGUGGUUUGCACCCUGUUGGCCAGCGUCCUCUGCGGGGCCCACGGUGCGAGCAGUCCGACCAAAACUUACACGGGAUACAAGCUGAAGCCAACGUCUCUGCGCAUGAUUUAUCACCAUGACCAGACCAUAGCCAUUGUGGAGAUUGGCGAAGGCAAAGCGCUCCUCAACUGCGAGCUCGUCGAAAUCUACAACGACGACGAGGGCAAAGAAAUGUUGAAAAAUCUGACGAGAAUCAACAAGCCGCUGCGGAUCACCCUGGACCAAAUGAUGAAACUGAUUGGCCAAUGCGAUCUGUUGGACCCUCACCAAGUAAAUCCCGAAGAGGUGAGGCUGCACGCGCGUGGGGUCGACGGCGGCAAAGAAAUGAACUCGAACGGCGUCCAAACGACUACGUCCAGUUCGCUGUACUCGGGAAUACUACCAGGUACAAAAUGGUGUGGCAGUGGGGAUCUAGCUACAACGUAUUUUGAUUUGGGACCAGAGGUCAAACUGGACAUGUGUUGUAGAACCCACGAUCUGUGCCCAUCAAAAGUCAGAUCGUAUGCUACUAGAUACAACAUCACCAACGAUUCCAUGUACACAAAAUCUCAUUGUAUUUGUGACAAAACGUUUUACAAUUGUCUGAAAAAGGCAAAUCAUUCGACCGGAGAUCUCAUGGGAACUUUAUACUUCAAUAUACUUCGUGUGCCAUGUGUGGAUGAAAGGAAUGGAAAAACAGUGUUUAAACUACCACCAUCGUAUUAAAUUAUAUUUUAAUGUUUGUAUAAUAAUUAAGGUACUUUAUGUUGUGUAUUAGUUUAUUUAUAUUUAUUUUAAUAUUUAUACAUGAGUAUAAGCUGAUAAACAAAAUCAAAUUAUACAAUGUACAUUACAUCAUCGAAAUAAAUGUUGACAAUAGUAUUUUGUCGCAGUAUUAAUUAUUGUUA